AUGACGUCUAUGAGGUUGCGCAACACGCGUCUCUGGACAGUUCAGACCAGUUUGGACUCGGGCCAAGAGAUGAGGAGCCGGGGACCAGAACCAAAGGCGGGGGACAAAGAACCAGAGCCCGGGCAAGUAGACAUGAGGACCCGAGGAGAGGAGCCAGACCCGGGGGAGACUUCGCAGUGGAGCCGGGGUGAGCAGACCUGCCAUGAGGAGAGAAAAACUCGGACAAAGUCUCCAGAAUCCGGCUAUAGUCCGAGAGAGACCCGGGGACACGGAGCAGGUCCCAAUUAUAGUUCAAAGACGACCCCCACUGUGGACCCGUCGCUUCCCGGAGCAUCAGGCUCGGACCCCGUCUGUGCUCCGCAGGUCUCCCGCAGCCCCCGCAACCUCUUAGAGCCCGGGUGGAACCUCUCGUUCGCGGGCUGUGGCUUCAGGAGCGUGUACUACCUCGGGGCUCUAAGCUGCCUCCUGGAGCGUGUGCCCGAGCUCGUGCACGGCGCGGCCCGUUUCAGCGGCGCGUCCUCAGGGAGUCUCGUGGCCGCGGCGCUGGCGGUGAACGUCCCCCUCAGUGUGUUGGUGUCAGACCUGGUAGCCAUAGCGAUGGAGGCGCGGUCUCUGGUUGGGGGCGUAUUCAGUCCCUCCUUCAGCCUGCAGCAGCGUGCACGUGACUCGCUCCUCAGGUUCCUCCCCCUCGACGCCCAUGUGCACGCCUCCCGCCGCCUCUGCGUCUCCCUUACCAGAGUGCAUGAUGGGAAGAACCUGCGGGUCACCGACUUCAGAAGCAGAGAGGAGCUCAUACAGGUUUUAUUGUGCAGUUGUUUCUUCCCAGUUUACUGUGGAUACAUCCCUCCAACCUACAGAGGAGAGCGUUACAUGGACGGGGCGCUCAGUGAUAACCAGCCUCUGUCUGAGCUACCAAACUCGCUCCUGUUUUCACCUUUCUCCGGAGAGUCUGACAUCUGCCCCAAAGAAUCCGGCUUCUUCCCUGUUUGUUUUGGAAAUGUGUCGAUUGAGGUCAACACUGGAAACUUGCACCGGGUUUGGACUUCCUUCCUGCCCCAGAGUCCACAGGUGUUGCUGCAGAUGUGUGUGAACGGGUACAAAGACGCUCUCCGCUUCCUCGUAGAGUCAGAUCAGAAGGAGAGAGGAGACCAGGAGGGAGGAGACCAGGAGAGGGAAGACCAGGAGAAAGGACACCAGGAGAAAGGAGACCAGGAGAAAGGAGACCAGGAGAAAGGAGACCAGGAGGGAGUCCUGGUUUCAGCCUGUUUGGACCCUCCCCCUCGCCCAGCUCACUUCUCAGACCCCCCUGUGGUUCUCAUAGUCAUGGGUUUAGUUCUGGAUCUGCUCUUGGUUCUGAUCCGGCUGGUCCUUCUGCCGUUUGGACUCUUCCUCAACCUCUCCAUCAGGUAA